AUGGUUCGGUCCAGGCGUGCGACCAGCGACGAGUCGGGCAACGAGGCGUGCGUUCCUCUCGCACAGCAGCUUGGCUUCGUGGAGGAGGAACAUGAGCCCUUUGAUGAGGAAGUGGGGCCUUUGCCCGAGACCCGACCGGGAGAGAUCCCGAUCCGGAGGCUUUCCUGGCCAAUCUUCCGAUGGCUGGAGGACCAGGGUGUGCUCAUGAACGGUUGGGAGAGAUAUGCCCACACUGCACUCGACUUUUCCGGUGACCUCUUCAAGCUCCGAACCAUUCAGCCGCUGGACUUUCGCUGGCGGCGGAAGGAGAAAGCAGAAGUGAUCUCCCCGAGACUGCAGCGGAUGAGCAGCCACCAGGAGCUGGAGCUCACCGUGGGCAAACUCCACACCCUCAAGUUAGACAACAACGAGCUCUUCGAUGUCGACUUCGAUCCCGCCAAAGAUGUGGGCCUCACCUCGAGCUCUUUUGCCAGCCUGAGAACGCUGACACUGAGCCGAAAUCGCCUGACCUAUCCGAUUCUUCUGCUGCCACGACUGAAAGAGUUGGAUUUAUCGCACAAUCGGCUGGUGCAGGUCAUCCCACUGAACGGCUUGGGGGCUUUGGAAUCUCUCAUCCUUCGCAACAACCAGAUCGAGGAGCUCGAUCCCAAGACUUGGCGCGAUGGGGUGCAGUCCCAUCUCCGCACCCUCGACCUGCGCUUCAACAGGCACCCGAGCGUUCCUUCAAAGGUAUCCUAG